AUGCCACCAUGGCGGACACCGCGAGUCCUUCUCACAGACUUUACCUGGCCAAACAACAUCCCAGAAGUCCCAAGUGACCAGAUAUUACCAACCCCUGUCCAUUAUUACCUGAGAUUGUUCUCUCACUCAUGCUGUAACUGGGUCGGGAUUACCCGCAUAGAAGAGGUGUUGACUAUGAAAGUUACCAGACAAGCAGGCCUUCCAGUCCCAAAAGUCAUUUGCUAUAAGGACCGUCCGGAUACUCCUUACGCACCAAAAAAAAACUCGAUAACGAGACAACUUGACCUCUAUCUGAAAUUAAUCCGGAAGUGGAAGAGACCCUGGGGCGGGAAGAGAAUCUGCUCCCUCAUUGGCACUCCUAUUCGAAGUACCAGGGUCCCAGACCACCGUAUUGGCCCAUUCGAGACAGAGAAGGACUUCAACGAGUAUCUCAUUGAACCUGGUUCGCCGGGUGAGUUCCGAUCGAAGCGGGAGUACAAAGAAGCCUUGCGAUGCAGGGUACAGGAUGGUCGCAUCACAGGGCUUUUGGAUUGGGAGGCUGCUGGCUGGUAUCGCUUGAUUUUGACUGUAGGUGGCAUGGAUUAUAUGUUGAAAUUGGAGAUUGCACGAGCUUUGACGUCUUUAACUAGUGAGUCUUGUUCUUGGUGA